GCCUCCCUCUCUCGUCCCCCUCCUCCUCCUCCUCAGCCGCUACUGCAGCAGCCCGGUGCCUCCUGGAUCCAUGAAGAGAGCCCCCUGCACGGCACGUCCCCAAGCCACGAUGGGCCGCGAGCUGAACACCGCGUUGAUGUGUUGAUAUUGAGAUUUUUUCAGUUAUCAAAUAUGAAUCAUGCAUUUGAUAUUUCGGGCCCCUUUGCUCGGGAGCAUCCUUUCGCCUUGGCUUCAUCCAUCACUAGCGUCAUCCGUUUCUCAAGGAGAAGGAGACAAGGUUGAGAAGGACGCAGUGCCAGCCCAGCUAACGCAACAGGCAACUGCCGCACCCUGCUCAGACAACACAGGCAACCAUGCGGUUAGAGCAUGUGAUCACCCUACCCCCUCGCGUUUAAUCUACUACCUGAACGAGGACUCGGAGAGCACCUAUCAUGACCUGGACACCAGGGCCAAGAACCAAGCCACAGAGGGGCAGGCAGUCCACCUCGCCCAGGCCAGUUUCCAGUUAGAGGCAUUUGGCACGCGAUAUGCUCUGGAUCUAUCACUGAACACUGACUUGCUGUCGUCGGAUUACGUUGAGAUCCACUAUGAGGCGGGGAAACCUGUUUUGUCAAAGGGCGGUGAGCACUGUUACUACCACGGCCAGGUGAGAGGGAACGAUAACUCCCGCGUGGCCUUAUCCACCUGCAACGGGCUGCAUGGGAUGUUUGACGAUGGAGUCCAUGUUUACCUAAUUGAGCCCUUACAACAGACUCAUUCUAUCGAUUCAGCUGCAAGGCCACACAAACUAAGAAGAAGCCUUUCCCCUCAGUGGGACAAUGAUUCAGAGGAACAGGUCGAGGAGGAGGAGCAGCUCUUCUCCGAGCUGGAUGACUUGUCCUGGCUGAAGCGCAGGAAAAAGCGAGCAAUGCCUCGGAAUGUAUUUGAGGAGAUGAAGUACUUGGAGAUCAUGAUUGUCAGUGACCACAGUAUGUAUAAGCGACACAAGACCAGGCAGCACACGAGGAACUUUGCCAAGUCGGUGGUGAAUUUUGUGGAUGCUAUCUUCAAAGAGCAACUACAUACACGAGUGGUGCUCGUUGCUGUGGAGAUCUGGACGGACAAGGACCAGAUCCCCGUCAGCGUGCGGCCGCUGGAGAUGCUGCGGGAUUUCUCCAAGUACCGACAGCAGAGCAUAAAGCACCAUGCCGACGUCGUGCACCUCUUCUCAAAUGUAACUUUCCACUAUCGCAGAAGCAGCGCGGCCUACUUUGGAGGCAUGUGUUCUGUGAGCCGAGGAGUAGGGGUCAACGAGUACGGCACCAGCUGGUCCAUGGCGGGCUCCCUGUCCCAGAGCCUGGCUCAGAACCUGGGCAUCCAGUGGGACCCGGCCUCCAAGAGAAAGGAAUGUGGUUGUGUUGACUCGUGGACUGGCUGCAUAAUGGAGGACACCGGGGUCCAACACCCACGCAGAUUCUCCAAAUGCAGCAUCUCAGACUACAAGGAGUUCCUGUUGAAAGGCGGAGGCUCGUGUCUGUUCAACAGGCCAACCAAGCUGUUCGAGGCCACAGAAUGCGGUAAUGGAUUCGUGGAAGUGGGAGAGGAAUGCGACUGCGGCGCUAGAGCAGAGUGCUACAAGGACUGCUGCAAGAAGUGCUCCCUGGCCAACGGGGCGCACUGCAGUGAUGGCCCGUGCUGCAAUAACACAUGUCUGUUUUAUCCACGAGGUUACAGUUGCCGCUACGCUGUGAACGACUGCGAUAUCUCAGAGACCUGCUCCGGGGACUCUGGACAGUGCCCUCCCAACCUUCAUAAACAAGAUGGUUACUACUGCCAGGUGAACAAGGGACGCUGCUACACCGGAGAGUGCAAGACAAGAGAAAACCAGUGCAAAUACAUCUGGGGCUCAAAGGCCGGAGGUUCGGACAAGUUCUGCUAUGAGAAGCUGAACACAGAGGGCACCGAGAAGGGCAACUGUGGAAAAGAUGGAGAUAAAUGGAUCCAGUGUAGCAAACAUGACGUGUUCUGUGGUUACCUUUUGUGCACCAACAUCGGCCGCAACCCCCGCAUUGGCAUGAUGAAAGGAGAAAUCACCCUGGCCUCCUUCAACCCUCAAGGCAGAAUGGUAGACUGCAGCGGGGGCCACGUCCUGUUGGAUGAUGAGACGGAUCUAGGCUACGUGGAGGACGGGACUCCGUGCGGGCCGUCCAUGAUGUGCCUUGACCGAAAGUGUCUGCCAAUCCAGUCGCUCAACAUGAGCACCUGCCCCAGUGGACCUAAUGGACAGGUGUGCUCUGCCCAUGGGGUGUGCAACAACGACGCCGCGUGCACCUGUGACACCACCUGGGCAGGGACAGACUGUAGCAUGCCUGAUCCUCCUAAAGAGCCUGAGGCCACUCAGGACGAAGGACCCAAGGGUCCUAGUGCCACCAAUCUAAUAAUAGGCUCCAUCGCCGGAGCCAUCCUUGUGGCUGCCAUAGUGCUGGGGGGGACUGGAUGGGGCUUUAAAAAUGUGAAGAAACGCCGAUACGACCCCAACGCUUCAGCCAUUUAACCCGGGGAGAGAGGGCGAUCCCAGAAGGACUCCUUCAAGGCUUCCCUAGUUGGCUACCUGACAGCUGGACUGCACUUAUUGCUGCUGAUCCUCGGCAUUAGAUUUACUUGAAAAAGAGGACAUAUAGUGGACAUUUUAACAAACUCCAUCGUAGUGACGUUAGACAAUGCAGCCUUUUUCGACUCCACCUCACACAUAUAACAACCCCUCCCUCCAUCCUCCCACUCCGAUCUCUAGAGCGACAGCGCUCCUCUUCCAUCCUUUAGUGCCAGUGCACAGGCGUUCAGGCGGAAUCCACACCACUCUCUCACCUGGACAUGACUUUCCGCACAAAAGCGUGCUGCUGCUGACCCCCUGGCAUGAAGAGCCCUCUCUGCAGGACUCUGCAUGGCUACGAAAGCUAUACCGCAAACACAUACAGAGAAGGAAGAUGGAAAAAAAGGACUUUUUGAAUGCAGGGGUAGCCUUGUUAAAAACCAAACCCAGGGAAAGGCGGUUAAAGCUCCUCUAGUUUACGUUUGAGGGGCUGUAGAUGAGUAAGGAGGCUGCAUGUGAGGACCUAUAAGGGCAGUGCAGACCACCUAGCGAAUGCACACACACAAAUUGUACAUAAAUGAAGAGUUCAGGUUUGGAAAAGCAGCAUAUUUUUCACUUUUUUUUAAAUCUCAGCAUGUUGUAUAGCGGGUGUUUUUGGCAAUGUUCUUGACCAAAAUUGGGUUUUGAGCCAAAAUUGUAAUUGCGUGCCGCACAUCCUCCGGCCGUGGUCCGGCCUGAGGUCGGAUUCAGCGCACAGAGUAACCACGGUGGUCGAGGAGAAGCAUGUCAGUGAUCCAGACUGACGUCGCCUCUGAUUAAUGUCACAAGAACCCCCCCACCCCUCCCACCCUCUCCUCACUCCUUCCCCGCUCCCGGAGUAUCUUCAACAGUAACUCAAAAGCCAAAGAACCAAUCACCUGAACAUAUGGAUGUUGUUGCACACAGAGCACUUUCCCCUCUGUCUGCAGCCAGCGGUGCCUCUCCGACUGCUGAGGGCAUCACGUCGGUCCGAGCAGGCGCUCACCUGUCCAGCCAGGUCUCGUGUAACAGUCCUCAUCAACACCCACUAUACUGGCUUAACCUUUUUGCUCUCAUAAACUCUUAACCAAGUCCGGUAACACUGCAUGCAUUCACUAUAGCGGGCUUAUAAUUCUAUAUGGAAGUCCCCAAAAUCUGCAAGAAAAAUACGCUUCAAAAGAUAGGUGCAUGUCAACAACAAAAACAUUUAACUUUUAUUUACUAUGCAAAGAGAGAUAUCGCACAAACGUAUGAGUAUAUUAAUGUCAACGUAGACAUGGAAGUACAAGAACGUUCUGCUAAUCAGCCAAUCUUUUGUAUUUGGCCGAACCUUCGUCUGGUUUCACUUUGCUUCAGCGUACUCAAACCAUGAAUGGACAAGUAGAAAAAAAAGAAUGAAUUAAUAUUCCCAAAUGAAAAGCAAGAGAGCACCCUUUUACAUUUGUGGAACUGAAAAUAUUUUUUGUGUGUUUUUUCAUCCGGUCUGAUAUUUUUAAUCUCACACAUGCACACGCACGUACACAAACACACUGUAUGGUGCCUGUACAUAUCGAGGCCUGGACAGUUUUCUUGUGCAGGGCUAUUAUUUCCCAUCCAGCGGAUAGUUGGUGUGUUUCCAGGUGCUGCCAUAGCACUGGCAUCGUUGUAAUCCUCCAUGUUACUCCUCAUCCGGUGUCCCUCUCUCACUGCAUCAUGUACAUUUGGACCGAUGAAUAAACUACUGACAAAUUUUA